AUGUCCUCUUGGAUCGACGGGCUGCUGAAGCUGUGCGGCGACUUAUUCGAGAAUGAGGAAAUAAGGAACACUCUGCGAUACACAAGGCAUGGAGUAACAUUAAUCGGAGGACUGGCCACUGUUGGAGGGUUACUCCUGGGUCCUGUCGGUCUCUUUGUGGGUGGUGGCGUCGGAAGCGUGUCCGCCUACUUGUGGACCAGGGGACUAUUCCAAUCCCUGCUGGAGCUCUUUGACGAUCUGGUGGUCUGCAUCGAAAAACUUCGACUGACCGAUUAUGCCAAGCUGCUGACGGCCAUAAUGAUGUGA